AUGGUGACGAGAGACAUCGAAACGAAGCAACACUUUCAAAAAACUUAUUUGUUAUUUUAUUUCUUUUGUUAUUAUUUUUUUCUUUUUUCUUUAUUUCUUUGUUGCUUCUUUCUUUUUCGUAUUUCGUUCUUUCUUUUUUUUUAUUUCUUACUUUCUUUAUGCUUUCUUUCUUUCUUAAUUUUUCCCAUCUUUCUUUCUUUUUUUACGGCGAUUUCUUAUUCUUUCUUUCUUACUACUUUUUUCCGCCGUUAUUCCUCGUUUAUCCUUAAUUCUUUUCUUUUUCCUUUCUUUCUUUUUUCUUUUACUCUUUUUCUUUCUUUUACCCUUUUUCUUUCUUUUUUAUCUUUCUUUCUUUUUUUUAUAAUUUCAGCUUUCAUUCUUUAUUUUUUUUCAUUUUUCUUCCUUUCAUUUUGUUACAAAUUACCAUCUCUCUCUUUCUCGCUCUCUCUAUCUAUCUAUCUAUCUAUCUAUCUAUCUGAAUAUAUAAAGGAUAACGAUUCUUGUCGACAUCAUAAAGAAGAGAAUCUUCAACUUCUAAAAGAAUUCCAAAUCGAGGAAUGUGAAUCGCGUAGGUGGAUCCAUUUGGAAGACACUUCUCUAUUGUCUUUACACAUCGGCGACAUUAUCAUCCUUUGA